AUGGCUAAAGAAGCCCAAACGACCGAUCACGACAUAGAGGCGGUCACCCAGGAGAUAUCUAACAUAGAAGACCCCAAAUUUCGCGAUUUCGAACGAACAAGCGAAGAUGGAAAUGUCCAACGCGGGCUGAAGAGCCGACACAUCCAAUUGAUUGCCCUUGGUGGCACGAUCGGCACCGGAUUGUUUAUCGGAUCUGGGGGCGUCCUCGCCGAGACUGGACCAGCACCGCUCCUUUUGUCGUACUGCAUCAUGACUGUCCUUGUCGGGAUUUUGACGAUGGAUCUCGGUGAGGUGGCUAGUUACAUGCCGAUCAAAGGUGUCACAAUCCCAUAUCUGGUGCAGCGCUUCAUGGAUUCUAGUCUGGCCUUUGCUUUUGGCUGGAACUAUUGGUUUGCCUAUUGCAUGAUUCUUCCAGCGGAAUCGACCGCAUCGGCUGUCAUCAUGGAGUAUUGGACGACAACUGUCCCUUCUGCAGUCUGGAUUACCAUCAUUAUAGUCGUGUGCGUUCUACUCAAUCUUAUCGCCGUCAAGUACUAUGGUGAAGUCGAAUUCUGGUUCGCUUCUGUCAAAGUCAUCGCUAUCUUCGUCCUCCUGAUUAUCGGCAUCGUCAUCUUCUUCGGUGGCACUCCAACCCAUGAUCGAAUCGGCUUCCGCUACUGGAAUAACCCCGGUGCUUUUAAGCCAUUUCUCAAGGGCGGAAAUACCGGCAAAUUUCUCGCAGUCUGGGAUGCUCUGAUACGUGCUGGGUUCUCGUACAUUCUCUCGCCAGAGAUCAUUGCCAACACCGCAGGCGAGUGCCAAGCUCCGCGUCGCAACAUCCCCAAAGCAGCGCGUCGCUACAUCUGGCGCCUUUUGCUCUUUUACGUCGGAGGUGCUUUGGUCAUUGGAGUCAUCGUUCCAUACAACGAUAAACGUCUACUUGGCGCCAGCAACGCUUCCGCGAGCCCUUUCGUCAUCGGCAUUCACAACGCUGCAAUCCCUGCUCUCGAUCACAUUCUCAAUGGGGUUGCGCUCACAGCAGCGUGGUCUGCGGGCAACUCGCAGCUAUACUCCGCAUCCAGAAUGCUGUACGGAAUGGCCUGCAAUGGCAAAGCACCAAAGACAUUCCGUCGCUGCAAUCGAUGGGGAGUGCCGUACAUGGCAGUGCUGGCGUCUUCCGUCCUGAGCUUCCUGGCCUAUCUCAAUCUGUCAAGCAGUGGAUCGGAUGUAUUCGUGUGGCUAACCACCAUCAUUACCGUCAGCGGCAUGAUCAACUGGAAUAUUAUUCUCGUCAUGUACCUGAGAUUCCGCGCGGCGGUGAAAUUGAAUGGUAUUGGCGAUAAGCUACCGUUCAGAAGCCCCUGGCAGCCGUACUCGACAUACUUUACGCUUCUUGUGCUCAGUCUCAUGUGUAUCACCAAUGGGUUCGCGGUCUUUUUCCCGGGUCACUUCGACGCUGCCAAGUUUGUAACGUCAUACGCGUCUUUCCCAAUCUUCCUGAUCCUUUACUUGGGCCACCGCUUCUGGGUUGGAAGGAAGAAGCCUUGGAUUACACCAGUUACUGAGAUUGACGUUCUCAGUGGACUGGAGGAAGUUGAAGAAAUAACAGUGCAGGAUGUCCCACCAGUUCCUCGAAAUCUUCUGGAGAGGUUCUGGUUUUGGCUUUGUUAG